AUGGUGGCAAAUAAUGUCCUUCUGCUUGUUGCAGAUGACCUAGGCAAACAACUAGGCUGCUACGGCCAUCCCAAUGCAAAAACUCCAAACAUUGACAAACUCGCUUCUCAGGGUGUAAGGUUCGACAGAGCCUUUGCAAGCACCGCUUCAUGCAGCGGAAGUCGUUCUACCAUCUACACCGGGCUACACACCCACCAGAACGGCCAGUACGGCCUCAACAGUGGAAAGCAUCAUUUCAUGACCUUUGAUCACAUCGAGUCUGGCCCUGCUAUCUUAGCCAAGAACGGUGUGAGGACUGGGAUCAUUGGCAAGAUUCACGUUGGGCCUGAGGCUGUGUAUCCAUGGGAAUGGAGGGCUGAGAGUUUGACGAGGGAUGUUUGGUGGUCGUCGCAAAAGGCGAAAGAGUUCUUCGCUACGUCGAAGGAAGAUGGGAGGCCGUUUGUUUUGACGGUUGGAUAUCAUGAUCCGCAUCGCGAUCGAACGCGUGGUGGCUUUGGGAACGAUGAGCCUGUUGACGAGCGCGUACAAAACGUCAAGUACCGCUCCGAAGAUAUGGUGGUUCCUGAAUUCUUGUCCGAUACUCCUGGGGCCAGACACGAACUCGCAGAGUAUCUGGAGGCCAUUAGUCGCUUGGAUCAGGGCAUCGGCUUUAUCCUCGAUGAGCUUCAGAGCGCAGGGCUUGCCUCGACUACGUUGGUUAUCUUCAUGAGCGACAACGGGCCUCCGUUUAUGAACUCCAAGACAACUUUGUACGACGCCGGUGUACAGCUACCACUUAUUGUGCGACACCCAGGCUUCAAUGCUUCUGUAAACACAAACUUGGUGUCGUACGUAGACAUUCUACCAACGAUACUGGACUGGACACUCGGUGAGGCCGCCGAAGGGCCAAAGAAACAACUAUCAGGCCGCUCGUUUCUCAAGAUCCUCGAUGAGAAAACGGAUCUUGAGGCUUGGGACCACGUGUUUGGCUCACACACCUUUCAUGAGUCUACCAACUACUGGCCCACCCGCUUCAUCCGCACGCGACGCUACAAGUACCAUCGCAACAUCGCAUGGAGACUAGACUUUCCAUUUGCGAACGACAUCUACGGAUCAUUGACGUGGGAGGACAUUCGCAACUCAGAGGACAGUCCCAAGAAGAUUGGGCAGAGGAAUUUGAAGGAUUACUUCUUCCGCCCGGCUGAAGAGCUGUAUGACUUGGAACUUGACCCGCAUGAAGUUGUGAAUCUAGCUAAAGACCCCAAGUAUAAAGAGAUUUUGGAGGAGUUGAGGGACAGGCUUGAGGAUUGGCAGCGGAGGACGAAUGACCCUUGGCUUUAUCGUGAUGGGGUUUCUGUGCUGUUGAAUAAGCAUCAUCUUGAUGCUGGGUUGGAAGUUCCUGAUAAAUGGGAUCUUGAUGUUGAGCAUCCUGAGACAAAGGGUAUUGCCAAGUACAAGAAUCUCCCAUUCGGUAUAGCAGGGACGAGAGAUUGA